AUGAAUAUGAAGCCACCACAAAAUCUAAAUGAGACUCAACGACUGGUGGGGCGAGUCGCUGCCCUGGGAAGAUUCAUAGCCAGCUCAACAGACAAAUGCGUCCCCUUUUUUCAAGUGUUGCGAAAGGUAUAUCCUUGGAAUGAGCAAUGCAACAAAGUGUUCGAAAGAUUAAAACAUUAUCUAGCCAGUCCACCCCUUUUAAAGCCAUCAGAGAAGGGAGACAUACUCUACGCGUAUCCAGUAGUCUCCCCGCACGUUGUAUCAGCCGUCCUCAUAAAGGAAGUAGAAGCCGUGCAGCAUCCAGUGUAUUAUGUGAGUCGAGCACUCAGAGGAGAGGAGGCAAGGUACCCUCGAAUCGAGUUGUUGGCAUUUGCCUUGGUAGUGGCAGUCAGGAAACUCCGUCCUUACUUCCAGGCCCACACAUUGAAGGUACUGACGGAGGCUCCAUUGGCAAAAAUACUGAGGAAGCCAGAUUGCACAGAGAGGGUGAUAGGUUUGUCAAUCGAGCUGCGUGAGUUCAAUAUAGAGUACGAACCAAGAAAAGCCAUUAAAGGUGGAGGCAUGGGAAUACAUUUACUGAGCCCCGACGGUCAGGAAUGGUAUUACAUGGUCACACUAGCAUUCAAAGUAACGAACAAUAAAGCUGAGUAUGAAGCUUGGAUAGCGGGAUUGUAUGUAGCCACCCAGAUUGGGGCAGCCGAAGUAGACACCAGGUCGAAUUCACAAGUAGUAGUAAAUCAAGUGUUGGGCGUGUACACAGCAAAGGGUGAAAAGUUGAAGAACUAUCUCGCACAAGUUUGGAAAAUACGUGACCUCUUCUCAUACUUAGCUAUAACUCAGAUACCAAGGGCGGACAACGAGGUCGCAGACAGAUUGGCACAAGCGGCACCAAAAGGGCAGGAGGUAGCCCUACCAUGGCCAGUCGAGAGAAGGGUCAUCGAGAUCCCAACUAUGGGCAUCGAAGUAGGAGUUCUGGGGUCAAGUACCCCAGAUUGGGCAAGCAGCAUAGUAGAGUACUUGGAUGGAAGAAAAUUGUUGGAAGCAAAAGAAGAGGCAAGGAACAUAAAGAAAAGGGCGGCUAGGUUCCUACUCAUCGAUGGGAUCCUUUAUAAAAGAGGUUUAUCUGUUCCUUUACUGCGAUGCAUCUACACACAAGAAGCACAAUAUGUCCUGGCUGAGAUACACGAAGAAAUAUGUGGAAACCACAGUGGAGAAAGAAUCUUGGCUAAGAAAGCAUUUCGGGCAGGAUAUUACUGGCCUAAUACGCUAAGGAAUGCACGGGAAUUUGCCAAUAGGUGUGCGAAAUGUUAG